CUCAACUCCACCUGGGCACCCGCCCACAGUUUAUUGUAUGUCCUGGAACAGAGGAAAACGUCUCAUGAGUUGUGAUCCUCUUCAUUCAUGAUAUGCAAGCAAUAGUCAAGCUGGAAUAUCACUGCAGUUCAAAGCAGAGCCAAUGACCACAAUUCAUUCAGUAGCAGCAUUAAUGUGUGCUUCAAAGCCUGACAGUGAAGCCAUGCAGGUAGAGAGGAAAUGGCACAUAGUGUUGACUAUCUUCCUUCUGCUCAUCACCUCGGGCCAGUGCAUGGACAGCAAGGAGGUCAAGCAGAAAGAGAAAAGGACCCUGUUGGAUCUAAUCUUGCAGGUUAUCGGAGACAGCCAGCAACGGGACAAGCCCGUCUCCAGGCGCUAUAGCAGUGGACUCUUCACUGCAGCCCAAGACAUGAAGUUCUCCUCCCGCGAAAAGCCUUUCUAUGUUCCUAGGCUGGAUAACAGUAGACCCAUAGAGAUUGUUCCUAGAGAGGUAAACCUGAAGGACAAAUUCAUUCAGCAUUUCACAGCAGGACCAGUCAAGUUCUCAUCGGAAUGCAGAACACACUUUCAUAGACUUUAUCACAACACAAGGGAUUGCUCAAGACCAGCAUAUUACAAAAGAUGUGCGAGAUUGCUAACACGAUUAGCAUUGAGUCCACUCUGCACGCAAUCAUAGAUAUUGCAUGUCCAAAAUACUGAAAGAGGGAUCUAUGUGUUGCCAAGGAAGUGCCUUCAAAUCCACAGCAGUCAUAAGAACAUUGUUUUGUUUAUAGUCUUUCUAUUUUUGUUGUUCUUGUUGUUGAUAUUGAAAAUGCUUGGUUAUUUUGAAUAGAUAUACUUUUUAUUUUAAUGUACCUUGAACUGUAUGUACUGUGUAUUUUUAAGGAAACAUUAAUUUAAUAUUAAAUACACCUAUUUAUUGGAGGGGUAUGUAUAGAAUUAUUCACAAUCAUCCAAAAUAUGAUAAUUUUGGUAAAGGUUUCAUUUGGUGCGGGCGAAGCAUUUCUUAUCCCUCAUCGUGUGAAUUCCUUUCCCAUUUUUCUUUUGUUGAUAUCAUAUUCUGAGAUGGGCUGCCUUGGUCUGAAACAUCUGCCAUGCUCUGUCAUUGUCUUCAUUAUAUUUUAUUUGGCACUUGAGUGAUUUCUGACAAUGAGAACAUGUGGAAUGACGACAAUGGUGAUAAUGCACUGCAGUACCGAACAAUAAAGAUAUUGAAGCACAG